GACCACCCUAUAGCAGAUAUACUGCUACAGGGCGGCACCUGGGUGCAGAAUCACGUGAUUUCACAUUUCCGGGUAGGGGGCACGCGCUGCCAUUCGGGGCUGUGGAUAUCAAUCACCGGGUCCCGGCUGGUAAUUACCCGCCGCCACCUGGUGAUUACUGAGCAUCUCCAAUGGGGAGAUUGCUUUGUUUACAAACAACCUUCCUCCCUGUCAGCUCGAGCACCCUGCUCAGGAUGGCUGUGCACAGCACAGCCAACCCGCUCAGUGUGCUUACAGUGAAGAACACACUCCCGCCCCCUAGUAAAACACUCCCUGCACACAGUUAACCCUUUGAUUGCGCCUCACAUUAACCCCUUCCUGCUC